AUGUCGGCAGCUCCGACACUCCCGCAGGUCCCUCUGGGGCAACAAGGGCUGAUCGUGUCGGCCCAGGGGCUGGGGUGCAUGGGGAUGAGCUGGUCGUACGGCGAGCAUCAGAGCGACGAAGCCCAAGCGGAGUCGCUUGCAGUCAUCCAGAAGGCCCUCGAGCUGGGGUGCAACUUUCUGGACACCGCUGAAGUGUACGGGCCGCACACGAACGAAGAACUCGUCGGGCGCGCAAUCAAAGGAAAAAGAGGGCAAUAUGUGGUGUGCACCAAAUUCGGAUUCAAAAUCGGGGAAGAUGGCACCAUUAAAGGCUUGGACUCGAGCCCAGCGAAUGUACGGAGGGCUUGCGAGGCCAGCUUGCAGCGUUUGGGCAUUGACUGCAUUGACCUCUUCUAUCAACAUCGUGUGGACCACAACACACCAAUUGAAUCCACAAUGUGCGAGCUCAAGGCACUAGUGGAUGAGGGCAAAAUCAAGUACAUCGGCUUGUCGGAGGCGAGUGCUGCAGACAUUCGAAAGGCGCACGCCAUUCACCCGAUCAGCGCCUACCAGCUGGAGUGGUCACUGUGGACAAGGGACGCAGAGAAGGAGAUCGUGCCCACUUGCAGGGAACUUGGCAUCGGCCUCGUUGCUUACAGCCCCCUGGGCCGGGGAUUCCUGACUGGAACAAUUGAGAAGCUCGAAGAUUUAAGCGAGGGGGACAGGCGUCGAGGGACCCCGCGAUUCAGCGCUGAGGCGAUGGAAAAGAACAAGGCGCUGGUGGACAAAGUGAGGGCAAUUGCUGACAGGAAGGGCUGCACGCCCGCCCAGGUGGCCCUUGCGUGGGUGCACCACCAGGGAAGCGACGUUGUGCCGAUCCCCGGGACGAAGAAGUUGAAGUACGUGGUCGACAAUGUUGGGGCGUACGCAGUGAAGCUUUCUGCGGAGGACAUGGAGGAGCUUAGCUUUGGGGAAGGGGACGUCGCUGGCGAAAGAUAUGGUGCGGAGUUCAUGAAGAGCGGCACAUUUCACUACGGCGACACGUCUAGUUGA